UGGAAGCAUUAUGUAGCCGCUAGCCUGGACGGGGUCUGUGCACGUCCAAGCUGAGGGCAGCAGAUGCUGGACCCAGGGAGCUCUCUGCACCAACUGAACAAGCAAGGCCUCCAGGGACUGACUUGCCAACAGCUGGACUUGAUCACCAGCUUGAGACAGAGCUCAUGCACUGCGUAGAAUAACAAGCGGACUUUGUUCCCUGGCUGUGCAAAGUGUUGUUUUCCAAGGGAUUGCCACAGCAGCAGAGAGAAAACCAGAGAUCACUACCUGGACCCUUGAGUCUCUGUAAAGAGCCAAAGUGUAAGAAAUUGUGCUGCUGGGGAGUUUGCAGGAUGAUGGUGGCUCUCCAGGGAGCUUGUUCACUGGUUCUCUUCCUUGCAGCAUUCCUGCCCCCACCACAACAUGCCCAGGACCCAGCCAUGGUACACUACAUCUACCAGCGCUUCCAAGUCUUGGAGCAAGGGCUGGAAAAAUGUACCCAAACCACAAGGGCAUACAUUCAAGAGUUCCAGGAAUUCUCAAAAAACAUAUCCAUCAUGCUGGGGAGGUGUCAGACCCACACCAGUGAAUAUAAGAGUGCAGUUGAUAACCUGGCACUAAGAGUAGAGCGUGCCCAGCGGGAGAUUGACUACCUGGAAUACCUCCGGGAAGCCGACAUAUGUAUCGAAUCAGAGGAGAAGACACUGGCUGAAAAGGUGCUUCAAGAAGCUGAAGAAGAAAAGAAGAUCCGAACUCUGUUGAAUGCAAGCUGUGACAACGUGUUGAUGGGUAUAAAGUCUCUGAAAAUAGUGAAGAAGAUUAUAGACCCAGAUGGCUCUUGGAUGAAAGAUGCUGGUGGUAACUCUGCAAAGGUGUAUUUAUUAAUUGGAUCCAGAAACAACACAGUUUGGGAAUUUGCAAACUUGCGGGCAUUCAUGGAAGACAGUACCAAGUCUGGCCCCCGGAAGCUAAUCUUACCACUUUCCUGGCAGGGAACAGGACAAGUGGUCUACAAAGGCUUUCUAUUUUUUCACAAUCAAGGAACUUCUAAUGAGAUAAUUAAAUAUAAUCUGCAGAAGAAGACUGUGGAGGAUCGAAUGCUUCUCCCAGGAGGGGCAGGCCGAGCACCCAUCUAUCAACACUCCCCAUCCACCUACAUUGACCUUGCUGUGGAUGAACAUGGUCUCUGGGCCAUCCACUCAGGACCCGGUAUCCAAGGCCAUUUGGUUCUCACAAAAAUUGAGCCGGACACUUUGGGAGUAGAGCACUCAUGGGACACACCAUGCAGAAACCAGGAUGCAGAAGCUUCAUUCCUCCUAUGUGGAGUCCUCUAUGUGGUCUACAGUUCUGGGGGCCAGGGCCCUCACCAUGUCACUUGUGUCUAUGACCCACUGGGCAUUGUUAGGGAGGAGCAUCUGCCUAAUUUGUUCUUCCCAAGGAGGCCAAGAAGUCACUCCAUGAUCCAUUACAACCCCAGAGAUAAGCAGCUGUAUGCCUGGAAUGAAGGCAAUCAGAUCAUCUACAAACUCCAGACAAAGAAAAGGCUGCCUCUGAAGUAAUGGAUGGGAGUUUGGAGGGAGAGCUGUGUGGUUGGGGCCAUGGUUCUUCCAGGAUACUGAGGUCACAACCCCUUUACAAUGUAGCAUCCCUCUAGAAACACACAGGGAUAGCAUCUAAAAGUUUAAAUACAUAUUAUUCCUUUGCCAAAUGUCACUGCCUUGGGAAUCUUUUGAGAACAUAGAUGAGGCCAUCAUUAUGAUGUUUUGAUGAAUACCCCAUCCUCGUCCAAAUCUGGUGGGGCUAAGGCCUCCUUCAUCUGAUCUACUUCGUCCCAGUCUUUCCUAAUUGCCUUUCAGCAUUUUCUCUAACUCUUUUCCUCUUUUAGCAAUUAGGAUCUUGCCACCCUGAUACUCACUGAUUUCUUCUUUGGUUUUCACUCAG